AUGGCCCUGAAAGUUGAAGUUUAUGGCUUGAAACCCUCAAAAAUGGCCCUGAAAGUUGAAGUUUAUGAAAAGGAGAAAGUGAGGCCAUCCCUGAAAGUUGAAGUUUAUGAAAAGGAGAAAGUGAGGCCAUCUUCACCAACUCCCCAAACCUUGAGAUACCACAAGCUUUCUCUCCUUGACGUACUUUCCGGGCCUUUUUAUGCGCCCCAUGUUUUGUUCUACCCCUCCGGCGCCGGCCCUCGUCGCCACGAUUAUGAUGAGCUCAAGGAAUCGCUCUCUAAGACAUUGUCUAUCUUGUACCCGCUGGCCGGAAGACUUAAAGAUGGAUCAAUAAUCGAAUGCAACGAUGAGGGUGCGGAUUUCGUCCGAGCUAAUGUUACGAAUUACGAUUUGGGUGAGUUUCUCCGGCACCCGAAGCAGGAAGAUUUACGGCAGCUGCUUCCACUUGAGCCCUACCCAGAAGCUAUUGAUCCGGCCAUGCCAAUGUUAGCUGUUCAGGUGAACAGAUUCCGGUGCGGCGAAACUGCGGUGGGGUUCUGCACUUGGCACGGGGUGACGGACGGUGGUGGGGUUGCCGGAUUUUAUAACAUCUUGGCUGCGAUCAACCGGGGGGAAGGACCCACUGAUUCCGCCGGCGGUCUCGUCGUGGACGUCGCCGCAAUUUUCUCGCCGGCGAUUCCCAACAUCUCCCAGGUAAUGCUCACUGCCUAUGCGGGAAUGAAAAAGGAGUUGCGGAAAUACACCACGAAAAGAUUUGUUUUUAGCAAGCAGGAUAUCGAGCCGAUCAGGAACCAGUACAGCCAAUCGGAGCAUCACCGCCGUCCAUCUCGAGUGGACGCGCGCAUUCAUAUGGGCGGCAGUGAUAAGAGCAACUCUAGUGGCCAACCCAAUCCUCAAGACCCACUGGCUCUCACAUAUUGUGAACUUUCGAAAGAAGUUGAACCCGCCCUUACUUUCAAAGUGCCUAGGCAACAUCCUCCACGGGACUGA